AUGUCUAUGAACCACGCAAACCAAGUGAAUGGACAGUCAAACUGGGAAAAAGCAAGCACUCUUCGUAUCCUCCAGGAGCGCAUGCCAACUCUCUUACAGUCUCCCCUCCCGCAAGAAAUCCUCUCUCCGCAAAUAACCCUUCACCUCUUCCCGUCCACACAUCCACACUUGCCGCAAGUCACCGGACGUGUUGCCUACUCUGCUGCCCUGUGGACCUCACCCAUCGCAUGGGGACGUGUGCCCCUCGUCGGCAAUGUCAAGCUGGAGAUCCUGUCGGAACGAAUGGUCAAACACUCCAACCUCCCAAACUCUAGCCGUCCAGGACAGCUCAUUGUCCGCUGGCGUACAAUAGGCAAGACACGUGGGAAGGGGAUCGGAGGUCUUUAUAAGGGCAUUGGUGCAAGUGAUAAUGUGGAUAAGAUUACGGAGUGGCUUGGGGGCGGAAAGGGAGAGGAUGACAGCAAGGAGUUUACUGGAUUGUUCCUGUUUGAAUUUGACGAGGAGGGAAGGGUCGUCAGUCACACGAUCGAACAUGUACAAGAAGGCGGUAAUUGGGAGAAGGGGGUCGGAGCGAGAGUUGUGGGCCUGACGGAUUGGUUACUGGGAGCUAUGAAGAAGAACGGGAGAGGAGAGGGGACUCCGUGUCCUGCUUUUUGGGUUGAUGAUGGAAUGAGAGACGAGAUGAGAGGCCGGAGAUAG